UGUCAAUACGGCUAUUAUCAAGGUUCCAAAAGUGAAAUGAAAUGACACUGAUUUAAAUAAAGUUUAAAAAGAUUUAACACAAUGCCGUUCAAAAAUUUGUCUGAUGUUUCGACAUCUGCAAAAGAAUUUGUUCAAGACCACAAGAUUGCUAUAGCAUGUACAGUUACUACAGCAUGUGGAUUAAUUGCUUUGAAAAGAUACAUGGCUGGUGGUGUAUGCAGGAGUAAAGCACUCAUGAAUGGUAAAACAGUGCUUAUAACAGGUGCUAAUACAGGUAUAGGCAAGGAAACUGCUAAAGAUCUAGCUAGCAGAGGUGCACGAGUUUUACUUGCAUGUCGUGACAUAACUAAAGCCGAAAGAGCAGCAGAAGAUAUCCGAAAAUCAACAGGCAAUAAAGAUGUUGUUGUGUAUAUUCUAGACCUAUGUUCAUUAAAAUCUGUCCGUCAGUGUGCCGAUGAUGUUAUUAAAAAGGAGGCACGGCUUGAUGUUCUCAUUAAUAAUGCAGGUGUAAUGUGGACACCUUAUUGGAAGACAAAAGAUGGCUUUGAGAUGCAAUUUGGAACAAACCAUCUAGGACAUUUUUUAUUUACAAACCUAUUACUGGAUUUACUGAAGAAAUCAGCACCUAGUAGAAUUAUAAAUGUCUCUUCCCUGGCACAUGAAAGAGGAACAAUUAACUUCGAUGAUUUAAAUUCGGAGAAGUCAUAUUCACCAGCUAAAGCAUAUUCUCAGAGUAAAUUAGCCAAUGUUCUCUUUACCAGGGAACUGAGUAAACGUUUACAAGGAACUGAAGUGACAACAUAUUCCUUACACCCUGGUGCUGUGGAUACAGAGCUUGUCAGAUUCAAAGACCUUCAGAUUUUACCCUUGAGAAUAUUUCUCAAUUUAAUUUAUCAUGGUCUAGUCAAACAUUUCAUUAAGUCAGCUGUCCAGGGGGCUCAGACCACUAUAUAUUGUGCUGUUAGCCCUGACCUUGAUAAUGCAUCAGGAAAAUACUUCAGUGAUUGUGUUGUCAAGUUAGAAGCACCACAAGCACAUGAUGAUGAAGCUGCAGCUAAACUUUGGACAGUCUCCGAGGAAAUGGUCGGACUUACACAAAAAUCAUAAUAUGAAAUUACAACAAUAACACCUAUAUAACAUCUACCUUGUUAAAGAUGUGUAAUAGAUCUACCCUGCCUUGAUAUUUGAACUGUCUAUUUUGAAAUUACUAAAAUAUCUAUCACUAUAGAGCCUGGUCUAUCUUGAUUGUGACACAAGCUUAUCAUAAUACAGAUACCAGUAAGUUAUACAAAAGUAAUGAUUUAGGUAUUUGCAACGAAGACUCGUAUGUGGGUAAACAGUUUUGUUUUGAAGUGCCUAGGAACAUGACUAUUUUAUACUAUUUAUUUAACUUUUGACUAUACAUAUUGAUGAACUUUUUUUCUAUCGAAAACUUGAUAAUUUACUUCACAAGUCAUUGUUAAGUUUUGUUUGUAGCAUUUUUUUAGAUGCAUAUAUGAUAUUUUGCUGUUGUUUUUUUUGGUAUACAUUUAUAUCAGUAUUUAAUUUUUGUUUAUUUUUUACCCGACUUGUG